GGGAGGCCGGGAAUCGGGGCGGGGCCCGUCCUCACUCUGCGCCUGGAGCCGCGGCGUGGACGUUGCGCACUAGAGAAAGGGAACGAUCAACGCUCGGCUUGCUGGGCCGCGCUUGCUUCUCAGUUGUCCGGCUGCAGCAUGGGGCCUCUCCCGCGGACCGUGGAGCUUUUCUACGAUGUGCUGUCCCCCUACUCCUGGCUGGCCUUCGAGAUCCUGUGCCGGUACAAGAACAUCUGGAAUGUCAACCUGCAGCUGUGCCCAAGCUUAAUUGGAGGGAUCUUCAAAGACAGCGGAAACCAGCCACCAGCUAUGCUUCCCCGCAAAGCUGUGUACUUAAAAGAGGACAUUAAGCGACUGGAACACCAUCUCCAGGUUCCCAUCCACUUCCCCAAGGAUUUCUUCUCUGUGAUCCUUGAAAAAGGAAGUUUGACAGCCAUGCGCUUCCUCACCACCGUGAAACUGGAGCACCCCGAGAUGCUGGAGAAAGUGUCCAGGGAACUGUGGAUGCGCGUCUGGUCACGGGACGAAGACAUCACAGAGCCCCAGAGCAUCCUGGCCGCGGCAGAGAAGGCCGGCAUGUCCACAGGACAGGCCCGAGGACUCCUGGAAAGGGUCUCAACACCAGAGGUGAAGAACCAGCUCAAGGAGACCACUGAGGCGGCCUGCAAAUAUGGGGCCUUUGGGCUGCCCAUCACUGUGGCUCACCUGGAUGACAAAACACACAUGCUCUUUGGCUCUGACCGGAUGGAGCUGCUGGCACACCUGCUGGGCGAGAAGUGGAUGGGCCCUGUGCCUCCAGCUGUAAAUGCCAGACUUUAAGGAAGCAAAGCUGUUGGUAUAAACAGAAGACCAUCUGCUUACCCCUCCAGCGCCGGGCCUGGGACUCUGCUUUCCUAUCUGACAGAGGUUCCUCUGUGGCCCUGGGGGAUGCCGGGGAGGGGGCUGUGUGGUACACCAUCCACCGUUAGUCUCAUAGCUGCUGUUACUUCAGUGCCUUAUGAGAACCCCAGGCUCUGGUUCCCAGAGAAUAAACCUCAUGCCAUUCGGG